ACAAAUUUAUUAAAUAGGAGAAGUAACAUCAAUCCCAUGUUGUGUGAUAGAAUUUUUUUGUGCAUACAAUAGUUAAUAUGAGUUGCUUUUUAUAAUAUUUUUGUCAAUUACAUGUUAAUUAGUUUUAAGUUGGUUUAAUAUCAAAGAAGAGAAAUUAAUUGUUCCCAGAAUCUAAGUAGCAGAAAAGCAUGGACAUGUAGCACCCUACGUUUUUAGGCCCAUGUAGGUGUUGCCCUAUUGAAUGCAGUGCCAUCAACUAAAAGUGAAAGCUCUUCACGAGGAACAUCUAAAGAUGAAAGCACAAAGUCAUUGAAGUCGAAGAAAUCUAUGCCCAAUGUGGAAGCAGCUGCCAAAGCUGUGAGUAACCGGCUUAAUGCAGAAGCCUCUUGAAAAGGAAAAGUUGCCAUAAGAUCAGAAUCUAGCAACCACGCAACCAGUAACCGGCAUCAUAAUGCUGCAGAGAUGCAUCGGCGGAAGCUGAAGAAGCUGAUGGAUGAGAUGAAUGAGGAUAGUGAUGGUCGCUCAGCACCUAUUGUCAAACUGGGGGAUGCUUCGAUGGCAUCACAAUUUACAGCAAAGAAUGCAUCCGUUGCCGCAACCAUUGACAAAAUUCGUCAAGGAGGCAGCACCCUUGUGACUACCCUUCAAAUGUUCAAGAUACUUGGCCUUAACUACCUUGCCACGGCUAAUGUUUUAAGUGUGAUGUAUCUAGAUGGCGUCAAGCUGGGUGAUGUCCAGGCUAUGAUCAGUGGUUUAUUUACAGCUGCCUUUUUCCCGUUUAUCUCACAUGCUCGCCCACUGCCCAACCUUUCAGCUGCACGGCGGAAGCCCAAUAUUUUCUGCUUCUAUGUCUCCCUUUCUCUCAUGGGACAGUUUGCAAUCCACCUGUUUUUCUUGAUUUCUUCUGUGAAAGAGGCAAAGAAACACAUGCCUGAGGAGUGCGUUGAACCAGACUCUGAGUUUCACCCUAAUCUAGCGAACACAGUUUCAUAUAUGGUGAGCAAGCAUGAUGCUUCAGGUGGCUAUAUUUGCAGUGAACUACAUGGGACAUCCUUUCAACCAGGGCAUCCCCGAAAACAAACCAUUCUCGUACGCGCUUGUAGCUGCCGCUGGUUUCUUUGUGGUUAUAACUUCUGAUCUACUUAGGGACUUGAAUGAUUGGUUGAAGUUAGUUCCUUUGCCUGUU